CCAACAUCAAAACUUGUAUUUAACGUACACAAUUAAACAAUUUUCAUCCAAUUUUUCGAUUCUUUUCCGCUAUUCUCAGGUUCACAUUACUUGUUGCUCUCUUCAAAGCAAAAAAUGGCGUCGGCGAACAAAGAGAUGGCUGUCUACUGUUUCGACACUUUGGUCUCUCACUACAACAACGAAGAGACUCCCCCACCUUCCUUUGAAGAGGCGAAUCAUCCAUUGUUUGUCACCUGGAAGAAAAUAGUGAAUGGUGGGGAGCCUCGAUUGCGUGGAUGUAUUGGUACACUGGAAGCACGCCGCUUGAUAAGUGGCUUCAAGGAUUAUGCCUUGACAAGUGCCCUGAGGGAUCGUAGGUUCCCACCAAUACAGCCCAAAGAACUGCCAUUUCUGCAAUGUACCGUGUCUGUCCUGACUGAUUAUGAAACUGCAGAGGACUAUCUUGAUUGGGAGGUAGGAAAGCAUGGUAUAAUCAUUGAGUUCACCGAACCUGUGACUAACACAAAGCGAAGCGCCACAUAUUUGCCUGAGGUGCCAGCGCAAGAAGGGUGGACAAAGAUAGAGGCAAUAGAUUCACUGGUGCGUAAAGCAGGUUACAAUGGGGAAAUAACGGAAACAGUGCGUAGGCGAAUCCAUCUAACGCGAUACCAGAGCACAUUGUUCACCAUGCAUUAUAGCGAAUACCUCUCGUACGUGAAGGCUACAAGAGGCGUUGUCCCGGCUAUUAAUGGGACCAACAAGUCCUGAUUUUGCACCCAUUAAAUGCAGAUUGGUGCGUGAUUGAUUCUGUUUGGCUGCUCCUAAUUUAUCCUUUGUAUUUGUGAUUCGAAAUUGUCUGGCUCUGAUAAAAAGAAGCCUUCUUCAACUAGAGAGGCUUGACUUGGCUGUUUCACAUUUGUAACAUUAAUUAAAAAUCAAAGGAACCCACUUUGAUCCU